AUGGAACGACAGAGAGCAUUGCUGUCUCCCGUCUUUGAGGAGCAAUUGGGUGCAUCCGCGAUACCAGCACUGGUGGUGCACGUCGAUAUCCGCUUCACGGACCCCGUCAUCCGGUCCAGGUACUGCCGCAGCUACGCCAGCUCAAAAACGUUCGAAGCCACCAACAGGAUAUGUCGCGGCCUCGUGCGCCGCAUUGAGCGCUGCUCCGAGGAAUUCAUCACCCGGAAAGACUCGGGCGCGCUGGAAAUGUUCAAGGACGACACCUACGAACGCAAGAGAGGGAUGGGCGAGUGGGCCGAGCGAACUUAUCGGUCUUACCAAAAACAGCCCCUAACCGUUGCGCAUACAAAGGAGGUCGCGUUGGCCGUCCAUUGGAUGAUUGGGCUCUUCUUGCGCCGUCACGACGAAAGCUUCCAGUGGCUCGACUGCCCAGCGCCCGAGCUUGAUCCAGAAGGAAGUGAGACUGCAGUCCCUUCCCGGGAUGGUCCGCUCUCCAUUUUGUCCGUACCAAGAUCCCGCUUCGUCGAAGCCUCUCAGGUCUUCGAGUUCGUCCCCGGAUACAGCAUCGAGAUCUACUUCCGAAGUAGGAAUCCGCACCGGCGGGUCCCCACGUUCGAGAGGAGGACAAGAGUCACCAGCAUCCAAACCACGCCGUUGACUCUGUUCCUCAGCGAGGACAUGCUAUGGAAAGCAUUGCAGUUUGCCAACCAGGCACUGGAUUCGAAAAAGCGGCAGUUUGACGACCACCUCCGAAAUCACAGGGAGCUCGGCUCCACUCAUCUCGAGGAUGACACACUUGAGCUUAGUCUCCGAGUACAAAACCACCUCGGACCUGCAUAUGACCACGUACAGAGAAGCAUCAAAAGCAAGCUCGCGCUGUUUCGGGACCCGGGCGCCGAAGACUGUGCGACCUUCCUCUCUAAUGUCGAGGGGUAUUUGUCGCAUAUUCGGGACGAGGCCGAUGCGAUAUUGAGCGGCACAAACGACUUCGAAGUCCGCAUCGCCGAACUCAAGGGCGUGGGUUGGACGCUGCGAGAACCGGCCAAGUUUGCUCUCGGCCCCUCGGCCUCGUACGGCCGCCGGACCAUCCAAGCAGCGCUGGACCGCAUUCAGACCGGUGUCGGGGAUGUCAUCCGCGGCCACAACAUUGCCAUCCACCUCAGCGCCCACAAGCGAGGACACCUUGUCUUGGACAAGGCUAUCGUCGCCCACGAGAAGCACGGGAACCCGAGGGAAACCUUUUUCUCGCACGAGGACGCGCAGGCGGCCUUUGUUGGGAGGCUGAAAGCCCGGGUCCAGACGGACAUCGACAAGAUAUUCGAAGACUCGUGUUCCAUCGACGACAUCCCCGAGGAUGACGACGACUACUUCCUUGCCCGGCCUGUCACCCCUGUCACCCCCCCAUCCCCAAGCCAUUCGCCACCGUCAGCAAAGUCCUCUCCAGCAAAGCAGCCUGCGCUGGGCGUCCUGCAAAGUUCACCGAAAUCGCGCUCCCGUCGGUUAUUCUCGUUGUCUCGCCGAUCCACAGAAUCCAUGCGGUCGAUUGAUUAUCUCAAGAAAGCGGCUCGCGAUCUGUUUUCGCACGAUAGCAGGUCAGGUUCUGUGGUCAGCGAAGAGACACCGGAGCCGCAUGGGGUAGGAUCGCCUGUGGCCGAUUCCCAAGGGCUGUUGUUAGCUGCAGCAGAGCUAAAACCUAAACGAUCGUUCUCGCUGUUCAAACGGAGGCGCCCUUCCACUGUUCGCGUCAGCAACGCCUCGACACUUGUCGAAGUGCGGACCGCAGAGGGCGGCAGUCUCGAUGGCCAGAAUGACAAGGAGCCCAAGAUCGGACAGCCGCGAUCCGUAGAGAGCCGUUCUGGCGAGUCUAUGACGUCUGGAGAGGAGGAGGCGGAGGCGAGUUCUAGAGCUGCUCUGACAAGGACUCUCCCUGUGGAAACACUCUCAGCUUCUGGCCUGGGUAUCGGCCUUGCUAUCCAUCAACCUAAAGCACCAUCAACGGAGAACAAAGACGCACCGGCAGCUACCCAUCAAAAGCAACUGGGCAGAAUGGACACUCCCGAGUUCAUCGACGCUCGGGAGUACGUCGUCAGCCCGGCUUCUGAGGACGUCGCCCGGUCGGGGCUCUCGGGUGCCCUAACCAGAGUAGCGAGCCCGAGAGAGGACGAUGAGUUCUCCACGGCACCGUCAACCCCCGAACUGAGCACGGGAGCUUCGUCACCGAGGCACAGCGUAUUGAUAACUCCGGAGUGCCUACGGACUAAAUCCGGGACGAAGGAUCCUGCUCUGCAAGACCUUUACCCGGUCCCGCCCGCUGCCCCUGCGUCGGACUCCCCCACCUCUGAGUCCGAAAUCCGGGGGUCGGGCCCGAGCGAGAAGCCACCGGCCCGCGCCCCAGGCGUGCCUGCGUCUGGACAGUGCGAAGCCGCCACAGGGCCUGCCGAUAGGCUGGACGCCUCGCCGUCCGAGCCCGAGGCCUGCGUCGGCGAAGUGCCCGCCGGGAGCGAACUCGGCGCCGGUCGCGGUGCCGAGGCGGGCUCUGGGGGGGAUAGUGUCGCUGGGGAAGAGGGUGUGGAUGCGGAGAAGGCCUCGAAGAGGACUGCCGGACCUGACGUGGAUGACGGAGAGGGUGGUGUCGGUGAUCAAGACGCUGAUGGCGGACCCGGUCUAGGUACCGAAGAGCUCGACAAGAAGCUCCCCGCUUCCGAGAACGUGACCGCUGAAGACGUCGGUCCCGUCGGCGAGACAGAGGAUGCUUGCAGUCCUGUUGACGCUGACGCCCGGGCACCCGAGGCUGUCGAUUCGGAGAAGACCCGCGGUCCCGAUUCCCACACCGAAGUCCAUGUUGAGCCCGAGACCGAGAUCUCGGACGAGAUUGUCUCCGUGGCUGAUGCCGAUCCUGCACCGCGUGCGGUUAGUGCCGAAGCUGAGGCUGACUUCUCGGGCCCGGGUACGCUUCCCAAGCUUGCCCACGACGCCGAAGCCGCCGCGGCGGAUCUAGUUGUCCCUGUACCGGCCGGUCCCGCGACCGAGGGAGAUAUCGAACUCGGUCCCACACCUAACGGGCCCGAGAUCUCUGUUGAUCAGCUCGGGAAUGGUCACAUCGCCGGGGACUCGGAUCAAAAAUCCCCACUCAAAGAGGAGGAGCAGGUUGCCGUGUCCGACCUCGGAAGUGAGACAUCACUGGACGGGAACGGGAUCAAGGAGGACCUGAGCCCGGUUUCGGCCGAAUCUGAUGCCACCGGAAGUUCCAAAGAUGGUGUCACCGUUGAAGCCGAGGAAUGCAUAUCGGUUCCAGUGCUGCCUGGAUUGCCUGGUCAGAACAUUGAUGGUGGGGCGCACGACAAGUCCACAGAUGACCCGAUCGGGGCCGAGGCUGCGGGCCGUGGCGCUCUCGACGGAUGCGAGGGCGAGUCAGUUAUGGAUCCGAGCGUGACUGGAGCUGCCGAAGCCGAAUCAUCGAAGCUAGGUAGCGGUGAAGACAUUGAGACGGAAUCGAACCCGGUGCCGACGGUGACCCUCGAUGGGCGAAAUGCCGGUGAGCGGCCUGCGGAGCAAUCCGUAACGGCCCCGGCUGGCCCCGAGGUUGUUAAACCGGAGACCCCGAACGGUGUUGUCAGCCAGGCUGUCGGACAGGAACUUUCGCGAGAUGUGGAUUCCUCGUCUGACGGUAUUGGCGGGAAGGAUUCUUAUGAGUCCGAACCUUGCUCUGAUGCCACGGUCGGAAAUGGUGACCUUCGCAAAAAGUCAUUCGGGCCCGAAGCUGAGAUUGACGCGACCCGCGCUGGCCCUGAAGUCGGAGACCGUCGUGUUUGCGCCGACCGAGGAACCCCGGCGCCGGAUUCCCAUGGCAGCAAACACGCCGCACCGGCAACCUCCGUCGACAGCCUCGCGCCCCACCGUUCCGAGACAUCGGGUUCGUCGACAGGGGCUGCUCGGUCCCGCUCCGCGGUUGGUUUUGGUAUCUCCGGCGAGACCCCUGAGCCCGCUCGGAACCCGGCAUCAACACAACAACCAGCAAAAGCGAAACCCCAUGUCGCCCCCAUCCCCGACCUCUCCAAACUCCCCAAACACUUCCCCGCCCGGACCCGAACCAGCCUCUCGUCCGACGCAGCCUCCUUCAUCGGCAGCACGAUCCGCGACUCGGUCGACACCAUCCGGCCGUCGACGGACGAAGUCCAACCCGCCGCUUCCCCCCUCCUCGCUGAGCAGCCGCACACCAGCAGCAGCAGCAGCGGCGGCGGCGGCGGCGGCCGUUCCAAGACGGCCGGCUACCUCGGCAUCGGCCUCCGCGAGUCGCGCCGAGUCGAGGUCGGGCUGCGCGGCGCGCUGGGGGAUGUCGGGCCUCGUCGGCGAAGGAGCCUGCCGCUGCAGCAUUUGUUGUUACCGGGUGGUGGGGAGGUGGGGGGUGGUGGUUCGGCUGCUGCGGCGGCGAGGUCGGUGUCGAGUGGGCCGGCUGGGAAGGCGGGUGAUUCGAGGAAGGCUUUGAGGAAGGGGAUGGGGAGCGGGGAGGAGGUGGAUGGGGAUGGGGAUGAGUAUGAGUAUGAUAGUGGGCGGUCGGCGGUGCCUAGUUUGAUGAUGUUGCUUGCGGGGGCGGUGGCGAUUGGGAAGAUGUUGAAGGGGCCUGGUCAAUGA